AUGCUGAGGGCAGCUGCUCCGGUGGACAAUGCUAAUGCUGUGAGCCAUGAUCCCUGCAGUGAGAAGCUCCAGAUGUUCCCUCAGGUUCUUCAGGAGAAGCUGCUCCGCCUCCCUGUGAUUCCAGACAGCAGUGCAGACCUUACAGCAGUUUAUAAUCCACAUCUAGAUAUGCAUCAAGUCCAUAAUUUAAGUCAUCUCAGUCCAGCUGAACUGCGGUUGUUAAUCAGGCAGAACCACCCCGGAAUAAGAACCACCACUGGCUUGGCACACGGAUACCAGCAGGCUAACGUCGUGGUUCUGCCGAGCCACCUGGCUGAUGACUUUGAGGACUUCUGUCACUGUAACUCCGCCCCCUUACCGCUCCUGUAUCGCAGCCAAUCAGGAGAGCCUUCCUGUUCCUCUCUGGCUAAAAAUGCUGACAUCAGGACCGAUAUCCCUGAAUACUGUGUGUAUGAGGAAGGUCGCCUGGUGAAGACCGUCUCCGGUCUGCAGAGCUACAGCAACCAGCAUAGGACCGGGUCGGAGCAACAGAACAUGCUGGCAGACAUGGUCACCUUCUACCUGGGCUGCAGCUUCGGCUUCGAGGGAAAACUGAAGGAAGCUGGAAUCCCUGUUAGGAACGUGGAGCAAGGUCGGAACGUCAGCAUGUACCGGACGGCUGUCAGCUGUGUUCCCAGAGGAGCCUUCUGCUGCCCCCUGGUGGUCACCAUGCGCCCGGUCCCAGCCGGACUCCUGGAUGCAGCCGUGGAGGUGACCCACCAGAACCCUCUGGCUCAUGGAGCUCCGGUUCACAUAGGAGAUCCAGCUGUCCUGGGGAUCCAGGACCUGUCCAAACCGGACUACGGUGACCCGGUGGAGCCCCAGCCAGGCGAUGUUCCGGUCUUCUGGGCCUGUGGAGUGACUUCCAUCGAGGCCAUCCUGAGCAGCAAACCAUCUCUGGCAUUCAGUCACUCGCCUGGCUGCAUGUUCCUGACCGACGUCCCAGACUCUCCGACCCCAGAAUCCGGGCUGACCCCGCUCUGCUUCCAGGUGACCCAGAACCCACAGCUCUACAGCCUGGCGUCCAAGGCAGCGGUGGAGAAGAUCCGGCAGCUGGAGCGGGUCAUCGGGGACGACCCAGGUCAGAGAGGCAUCAAAGCCCUUCUGGUCCAAGAUGAACUCCUGCUCUCCUGCUUGGCGCUCUCCCACGCCUCCUCUGUUGCCAUAACAACCGGGUUCCCCACAAACUACAUGCACAGCCCUCCUGAUGAGACUGAUGGUCCACCUGGAGCCAUCGCCAUAGCAACCAUGUUGUUGUCUCUAGGAAAACAGGUGACGUUUUUGACGGACAGCAGAGCGGCAGAGAUGAACAGCGCUCUGGUGGACGAAGCAGUGAGGACAGGGGUCCUCAAAGCUGCAAUCCCAUUGGUCACCUAUGAAGACCAUGGCCCUGACUCCGCUCUGCACUUCCUGUGUCACCAUGGAAACCCCAGGAAGCCCAGGUUCGACCACCUGGUGGCGAUAGAGCGCAGCGGCCGGGCUGAGGAUGGAAAUUAUUACAACAUGAGAGAAGUGAACAUCAAACAUCUGGUUGAUCCGAUAGACGACCUGUUCAUCGCUGCUCGGAACAUUCUUGGAAUUACAACUACAG